AUGUUAUUAUUGAUUUUGUUAUUGUAGGUGAUUUUAUCACAGUAGUAAGAUUAGUAGAGCAUUGAAUUACAGAUAGAGAAACAAUAUGAAUUUUAUGGGUAAUAGUUGAAUAAAUAGAUUAUAUAGGAAAGUGCCAGGAUCGUCAACAUCUGUUCUUUAUCCAGUUCACUUUUAUAAAUUCCUUGUUGAGAAUGUGAUACCAAAUGAGGAUAUAUUUGUAGUAUUGAGAGCACUUCAUGAUUAAAGCUCUUUUCCUUCGCUUUACAUAAGUAAGGUGAAUUAAUAGUAAAUAUGAAUAAUAAUUAAUAAGUCCAUCAAUAUAUGAUGAGUUAUGUGGUAAUAAAGGGAUGGAUGUUUGUAUAAUAGAAGAAAAAGAGUUAAUUCCAAAUAGCACUUAUUAUUUGGGAGUAUAUUGUUUAUAGGAUUGUGAUUAUGAAUUGACAAUUCAUUACGAGGAGGAAGAGGUCUUAGAAUUAGGAGAAGCAAUGAUAGUGCAAUUUGAGAAUGAGACAGAGAGUAUUUUAAAGAUUAGGAUGCCUAAUUCAAUGGAUUCAGUUGAUAGAAUCAUAAUAAGAGCUCAUUACAUUUAGGAUAAGAAUAGUGUAUUGAAUGAAUCCUUUUAUUUUUAUAUCAAUGAGGGGAAUGAAACACCAUCACCAAUUUAAAAUUAGUAUGAAGCAGAAGAGAUUUGGAUGAUAGGAAAAGGAGUGGUAAUAUAUAAAAAUAGUACUAAUCUUUAAGGGAAUUUAACAGUAUUAUUAAUAGGUGUUCCAAAUACAAGAUUAUAUUUCCUAUCAACAUUGUAUGAACAUGUCAGAGAAAUAGGAUUAUUUGAAAGAACUGAUGACUUAGUAUUAGAUAGAAAGAUUAAUUAUUAUAGAUUAAGAAUAUAGGAUGAGUACUUAGAAUUUUUGGAUGAAAAUUCAUUAUCUUUUGAUAUCCAUCCAUUUGAAGGAAAUCCUAAUAUUUAUAUAUCUCCAUGCAAGUUAGAUGAAUGUUCAAUGGAUUAUAAAUAGUAUCCUUGGUAAUCAGAAUUAGACUUUGGAUACGAAUCAAUCACGAUUUCUCCAAAUAAUAGAAUUAAUAAUGGGAAUAGUAGUUAGUUUAUUAUCGCAAUAAAUGGAAUGGAGGGAUUUUCUAGUUAUUCAUUUUUGGUUUAUUUAAGCAAUUAUUAUAGUAGAAUAUUAUCUGUUUAUGCAUAUGAAUCUGGAUUUCUAGUAAAAAAUGAAUUGGCAGAAUAUAUAGUCGGAAUAUUUGAUUAGAAUAGUUAAACAUUUACAAUAACUUCAAAUUAUCCCACAGGACAUGGGAUGAUCAUUUUAAAGAAAUGUAUAAAGAAUAAUACAGAAUUAAGUGAUGUGACAAAUUCUUUUGCUUAUAUUGUAAAUGCAGGGAGUGAUAAUUUUUAUAAUUGUUCAAUCACUAAAGAAUAAAUAGAUUAAUUAUAAAUGGCUGAAGUCAUAAAAUCAGGAACAUCAGAAUUGAAUUCAGCUGAAAAUACACUACAAUUCUAUUACAAUAAGACUGAAUGUGAGAGUAAUGUAACAAUGCUAAAGUAUGAAAACGUAUAAACAAAUUGUUAAUAUGUGAUAGGAGUAUACAGCAAUGUUGAAUAUAUGAAUUAUCAAAUAUUUAUUAAAGGAUAAGAGAAACAUAUUGAAUUAAGAGAAUCCACUACCUAUCGUAGUUAUCUUAUGGAAUAUGACACUGAUUUAUUUUUAUUUACAAUUCAUGAAGAUGAAAUAACUGAAGUAGUAUUUUAAAUCACAGCUAUUACUGGAGAAUAUGAUGCAUAUGCUUCAAGAAUCUAUCAAAAACCCAAUUCUACUUGUUAUGAUCGAUAUGCUAAUAUGGAAUUAGAUAUCUUAUAAUAUAAAUCAGAUACUCACUCCUCAAAUUUAGCAGGCACUUAUUAUAUAAGAAUAAUAGCUAAGGCAGUACUUAGAUAUACAAUCACUCCCAUAAUCUAUAGGGAAUCUCAUGAUGAAAUUAAUUAUAUUCAUCUUACUGAAAGUAUUUCCUAUACACAUUUGUAAACCAAAAUAGAUUAAAUUACAUACUUUAAUUUUGAAUAUAGACAGAAUGGCCCUCUCUUUAUUCAUCUUAAUGGAAUCUAUGGCUAUUUCAUUUCCUAUAUAAUAGGCACCAAUAAAGUAAUGGGUGAUUAGUUUCCAAAUCAAACAUAAAAUAAUUUUACACUUAGAAGUUCAUAGCAUACAUUAAUCCUUGAAGAUCCAAAAUAAUAUUAUUAUAUAUAAGUCAACUCUCUUUCUCUUGGCCUUAAUGAAUCAUAUGAAAUACAAUUCACUUCUUCAAGUUCACUUAUGGAAUUAUUCUAUGGAGAUCCUCUCAUUACUUAAUUAGAUAAUUAACAUCAAUCUUAUUAUUAUUAUCUAUCUCCUUAUAAUUUAGAGAAACUUUUCAUUAUCAGAACUUAUAUUACGGAGACCAAUGAAAAUAACAACUUAAGAAUCUUCGUCAGUCUUAAAAAUAAGUUCCCCAAUCAAGAAAAUUAUGAUUAUGAAAUUAGUGAUAACUCUGCCUAUUUGACUUUACCAAAUAUCACUGAAAAUAGUGUUGUGUAUAUUGGAGUCUAAAGUAUUGGUUACAAUGAAUACUCAUUAUUAAUUAGAGGUGUCUCUGGUAUAAUUGAAUUAUCUGAUAAUACUGUCUAGUAAGUUCCUAUUCCUUCCUUUGAAUAAUACCAACAAUCUAACUUGUACUUCCUAGUGCCCAAAGAUCUCAAUAAUACUAUUCAAAUUUAAGCCUACACUGAAUUUACAGAAAUAGAAUUACUUUGUUCAAUCAGAGACUAUUAGAGUGUUACUAAAGAAUUAAAAAGUAAUAAUCACAAUAUAUUUCCAAACUCUUCUAAUUAUGACAUCGAAGAAGAAAUCAGUGCUAGUGAUUCCAAUAAAUUAUUAAUCAUCAAAUAAGAAGAUCUCAUUAAUUGUUAAAAUUAUAAAUAAGGUUGUAUAUUGUUGAUUACUGUGAAAGUAGAUUAACAAUCAUUAUACUCGUACAUCUUUGGAAAUACUUAUAAUAACAUAUCAACAGUAGAUGGUGAGGAUGGUUAUUUUAAUGUAAUGAUAUCUACUUAAUAUGCCAUAAUAAGAAAUGGAGAAAUGCUGAUUGGUUACUCUGCGGAGAGUAUUAUGUCUUAUUAUUAUUUCUAUGUUGACAAUCCUGUGGAAUUCAUAUAAAUAGCAGCAAGACCAUUAGAUGAUUGUGAUCCGGAUCUCUAUGUCAAUAAAUUGAUAGAUGAUGUCAUCUCAUAUCCUACUGAAGAUUCAAAUACAUAUAAAUCGAUCUAAUAUAAAUCAGAUGUUCUAAUUAUACGAGAUUCUAACAUUAUUGGAUCCUACAUAAUUGGAGUAACUGGAUUUAGAAAAGAAUGCACAUAUGAAUUGCUCUUAAAUUUAGCAGACAUUGAGUUGUAUUACAUUUCAAAUGGUCAAUUUACUAGUCAUUAAAUAAAUUAGACUGUUUAUUAUUUCUAUCAGCAUAUCAGAAGAGAAUCAUUUCGUAUAAUGAUACAAGGAAUUAAUAAUGUUGAUGUAGCCAUUAAUACAUACUCAUAAUAUAAUGAUGAUGAUGAUGGUCUAUUUGACUUAUUACCUUAUUAUGGAACAGAUGACAUUCAAAUAUUGCAGGAACAUAAUGAUAAUCUAUUUGGGGGAAUCAUAUAGAUUAACCAAUAAAACAAACAUUUUUGUUAUUAUUGUACAUACAUCAUAGCUCUAAAACCAUUGAAGAAUUCUGAGAUCUAACUAUUAAUAGCAUACAAUUCAAUAGCAUUGGAAAUUGAGUAUGGUAGAAUAUAUUAUGAUUAAUGUGUUGAGAAUUGCAAAUAUUACAUUGAACCAGGAGAUUUGAAUCUAUUUGUAUAUUCCUAAAAACUUGAAUUGCACUUUUAUGAUGAAGAAACCUUGGUAUUCACUCUGAAUCUAACUUAUUCUCAACACAUCAUUCCAAUCAAUUCAUCUUAUACUCUCAAUAUUCUCAAUCCAUAUUCAUACACAGUAGCAUCUUAUAAAUUGAGUUUAUAGAGUGAAUCAAAUUAUGUGAAUCUGCAUUUAGGUAAAUCAUACAAAGGCAACAACACAGAUUAAUCCAACAUUACACAAUUCACCUUCACCCCUAUAACAAUUGAUUAAUGGUAUACUAUUAUUGUGAAUUCCUAAUCUAAUGUUAGAGUGGAAUUAUUUUAUAUGACUAAAAAUGUAUCUGAAUUUAUACUACUCAAUCCAAUCUAAGAAUGGAGCAUUAGUACAUCAUAAAUAGAAUUAAAAUAUCAACUAAUUAAUAUCAAUUACUACUAUAAGAUAAUCUUACAAUGUCAAGACUUCUAUGUAAUAACUAUAAAUCUAGAUGGUUUGAAAUAUCUUGACUCUAAUUAUCAUUACAUUGAAUAAAUACAAUCAUCGCAAAUCUAUAAUAUGUUCGGUGUCCCAGGAUAAGAAUUAAUGAUUGAAAAAAUAGAUUGCCUAGGCUAAACUGAUUCUAACCUUACUUCUUAUCAAUUUAAUAGUACAACUGAUAUCUAUUUCAACAUUACUCCAACUAAAUUUGCCAGUUACACUAAAGAUGGUUUGUCUAUAAGGAAGAACAUUUUUAGUUUAGUACCACAUUUAUAAUAAUCCCACGAUUUAUGGUAUGUUAAUACAACCAUCAAUUAUCAAGUUUAAUAUAAUGAGGAUCAAACACUCACAGUUUCAGUAGAUACUAUGAAACGAAAUAAGGCUGGUAUUUUAGAUCUGAAAAUACUAAUGUAAUUAUCUGAUUGAAUUUUAGUUAUCAAUUGCACUAUUCAAAUCAAGAAACUUUUAUGUAGGCUUUUGGUUGUCAAAUGGACAUAGAAUCCCUCAAGUACUACACUAAUAGUUAAUUAUACCAUAGUAAAUCUCUCUAAACCAUCAAAGAGAAUGAUGAUUUCGUGUCUUUCAAAGGUAUAUUAGUAAAUAUCAAUCAUCUUUAGUACCUCUACCUUAGGAUCAGAAAGUACUUUAUGGCUUAAUUGUAUUCUAAGCAUUCUAUCAAGGAUAUGACACUCCUUACACUUAUUUCUACAAUACUAGUUUAAUUUACAAUAAUACUUAAUAACAUGAUAUGAACAUACAUGAAGAAGUGAAACAAUCAGAUGAAAGUUACAUUUUUAUUGUUAUUGUCAUCUUAACACUUUUUGUUCUAUUAGUGUUAUUUAUAGGAAUAAGAAAGUUUAUUUAGAGGAGAAAACUUAUGACAUUGGAAAAACCAAAAAAUAUAACUGUAGAUGAAGAAUAGGAGUAAGUGAAAGUGGCAUGAUUUAAUUAGUUAUUUUGUUAAGG